AUGUCGCAUCUUCCCCUCUUCUCCAUUUAUAGCAAAACCACUUCAGAAGAAGACAGCAAACAGCCAGCUCAGGCAGUGACCCAUGUCCCUGCACAACCCACAUACGCUCCAACCUGGGAGGAAAGAGUGACAGUGGAAAUUGACUCCAUCAAGGCAGGAGAAGAAGGUGGGACCACUUUGGAAGAUCUGAGAACCUUGCCUCGGAAGAAGGACCAAACAGGAACCAAGUUAUAUGCAUCCAUCAUUCGUAAACGCAGCCUCAUCCCACGCUAUGCUGGAGUGAACUACACAGGGCUGGAGGUUUUCCUCAAGGGGAUCAAUGAGUCUCUUGCCCAGCCUGGUGGCAAAGUCAAAGCCGUUGCUAGAAUAGUGAACAACAUUGGAGCUUACGUAAGAGAAAUGCAGGAUCGGUUGCCUGAUGCUCCGGCCGUUCCCUUGACGGUGGUGAAUUUCCCAGAUCCUGUAAUGGAGGAUUUUGAUGUCCCUCGAGUCAACAACCAUGGAUAUCCACAGGUUUCUUCACUCGGUGGACCUCCUGAACAGCCCAUGUGGAAUACCUCCUUCCUGUUUCAAGGAAGGGAUGGUGCUACUGCUUUCUCAGAUGAUACGGCCUUGCUAAUUGAAUACUAUAAAUCGACACCAGGAGAAGAUAUGGAAGGCACAUCUCCGUAUUUAGGCUACUCCGUGCUGCCACUGACCAACCGAGUUUACCGAAAGCUUGCAGCAGAUAGUAGCCGAAGUGGAAUUCGGGUAGAAAAUCUACCUAUCCAGGAUACCACUAUGAGAACCACGUCUGGUGGGCUCCCAACUGUCCAACUUGGCCUUCAGUUGAUCAAUUCAGAG